GAACUGUAAUUUCAGAUUUCAGAGCGCGCAAGAACCCUCUUGACCACCGCCGCCGCCGCCGCGAAGCCAAGCCAAACUGAGUAAGCAGCUAUGGAGGGAUCCGCCGCCGCUCCGCUCCGCACGCGCAUCUGCAUCAUCGGGAGCGGUCCCGCUGCGCACACGGCAGCCAUCUACGCGGCCCGCGCGGAGCUCAAGCCUGUGCUCUUCGAGGGCUGGAUGGCCAACGACAUCGCCGCGGGCGGGCAGCUCACCACCACCACCGACGUCGAGAACUUCCCGGGCUUCCCCAACGGCAUCAUGGGCGCCGACCUCAUGGACAACUGCCGCGCGCAGUCCCUGCGCUUUGGCACCAACAUCCUCUCCGAGACCGUCACCGCCGUCGACUUUUCGGCCUGCCCAUUCCGAGUUAGUGCAGACUCCACAACCGUCCUCGCCGAUGCGGUUAUCGUUGCCACGGGAGCCGUCGCGCGGCGCCUCCACUUCCCCGGGUCCGAUGCAUACUGGAACCGCGGCAUCUCCGCCUGUGCCGUCUGUGACGGUGCCGCCCCCAUCUUCCGUAACAAGCCCAUCGCCGUCAUAGGCGGCGGCGACUCCGCUAUGGAGGAGUCCAAUUUCCUCACCAAGUACGGCUCCCACGUCUACAUCAUCCACCGCCGCAAUACCUUCCGUGCUUCCAAGAUCAUGCAGGCCAGGGCGCUUGAGAACCCCAAAAUUAAGGUCCUCUGGGACUCGGAAGUUGUCGAGGCCUAUGGCGGCGCAAACGGCGGCCCAUUGGCUGGCGUAAAGGUUAAGAACCUACUGAAUGGUGAGGUCUCGGAUCUUCAGGUGUCUGGCCUCUUCUUCGCCAUCGGGCAUGAGCCGGCGACCAAAUUCCUGGGCGGACAGCUUGAACUCGAUUCAGAUGGUUAUGUGGAAACCAAGCCAGGUUCCACUCACACCAGUGUAAAGGGUGUAUUUGCUGCUGGCGACGUGCAGGACAAGAAGUACCGUCAGGCCAUUACUGCCGCUGGAUCAGGGUGCAUGGCUGCAUUGGACGCUGAGCACUACCUGCAGGAGAUCGGUGCACAGGAGGGAAAGUCUGAUUGACUAUAUUUAGGUGUAGCAACCAGCAAUCCAUCGAAUAGUCAGUUGUCGGUGCUGAAAGCCGCUCUCUGAUGCGCGUUUAUGCCAUGGGUUGUCAUGAGCUCACGAUUGAGAUACCUGAUGAUUUAUGCUGCUUAGUAGCAUGCUAUUCUUAUCGUUAGGAUCCAGAAGUAUGUCUGAACUCUGAACUAUUUACUGGAUACCUAUUCGUGAUUACUGCCUUGAAGUUUUUCCUUAGA